CCUCCCAUCAUCCCUCUCUGCUCCUGCCUCUUUGUUUCUCUCCAUCUGUGUCGUCAUUGUGAGAAACUCUGGGAGGGGCAGGAAGGAGGAGAGGCAGAGGAGAAAGAAGAAGAAAAGAGGAGGCGGAGGACGAAGAAGUCAAGCAGUUGUAAGCGAAUCAGGAUCUUCCUGAAUAUUUGCGCAGCAUCCUUCUAUUUACGGCAGCAGCAUGGCUGAGGGCUCAGUGUCUGUAGCAGAGGUGGAGACCGCCUUCCAGAAGUUUGCAGUGCAUGGUGACACCAAAGCCAGAGGGAAGGAGAUGAAUGGCAAGAACUUUGCUAAGAUGUGCAAGGACUGUCAAAUAAUCGACGGAAAGAAUGUCACCACCACAGACGUUGACAUCGUUUUCAGCAAAGUCAAGGCAAAGUCAGCCCGAGUCAUCACAUUCGAUCAGUUCAGCACAGCCCUGGAGGAGUUGGCUCUCAAACGCUUUAAAGGCAAGAGCAAAGAGGAGGCGCUGCAGCAGAUCUACGGCCUCAUUGCAGGGAAGGAGCCUGCCAACGCCGGAGUCACUAAAGUGGCGAAGGCUGCUGCAGUGGACAGACUGACCGAUACCAGCAAGUAUACCGGCUCACAUAAGGAGAGGUUCGACGAGACGGGCAAAGGAAAAGGAAAGGCGGGCCGUCAGGACGUUCCAGAUACCAGCGGAUACGUGGCCGCUUAUAAAGGCAGUGGCACCUACGACGACAAAGUUAAACAAGCGUAACAUAACGAGUUGUAGAGAUUAUUACAAAAAAUACAAGUUAUAUAUUGGCUGCUGUAUUUUUAAAUAUGAAAGUGUUUAAUUUCUAUGCGUUCGUUGCUAGCCUUGCAUUCACUGAUGUGUUCACCCAUAGGAAACUAUUCAGCAAUAUGUAG